ACUCAUGUACUUGUGAUGUGUUUGGCAUUUCUGAAGGCCGUGACCCCUGCCAACUUCCUGGCUGUGCUUACGGGUGAUGCAGCAAAAGUUACCGGAGGCUCUGGAAAGGUUCUGAAAAGUGGUCCAAAUGAUCAUGUGUUCGUGUACUUCACUGACCACGGGGCACCGGGUCUUCUAGCCUUUCCCAGCGAUGAUCUCCAUGUUAAUGACCUCAUGAAUGCCAUCAAUUACAUGCAUGACAACAAGAAGUACAAAAAGCUGGUGUUCUACAUUGAGGCUUGUGAGUCUGGGUCUAUGAUGAAUCACCUGCCCACAGACAUUGAGGUUUAUGCCACGACGGCUGCCAACCCUCAUGAAUCUUCCUACGCCUGCUACUAUGACGAGAAGAGAGACACCUAUUUGGGAGACUGGUACAGCGUGAACUGGAUGGAGGAUUCUGAUGUGGAAGACCUGUCCAAAGAGACACUACAGAAGCAGUUUAAGAUCGUAAAGAGCCACACUAACACCAGUCAUGUCAUGCAAUAUGGAAAUAAAACUCUAAGCCAUAUGAAGGUGGUGGAAUUUCAGGGUAACCCCAAAGCCAGCAUACAGCCUGCCCCCCCUGUUACUCUGACACCUGUGAAUGAACCUGACCUGACCCCAAGCCCAGAUGUGCCUCUAGCUAUUCUGAAGAGGAAGCUAAUGGCUUCCAAUGACAUAGUUAUAGCUAGGAAGUACAUUAGGGAAAUCAAUGCGCACCUAAAGGUAAGAGACUUGCUUAGGAAUACCAUGGAGGAGGUGGUGAACAAAGUGACCCGCGACCCAAAGAAGUCUCAAGAGAUCCUUAAUGACAAGCAAGAUCUCACAGAGUUCCAGUGUUACCAAAAAGCAGUCGAACACUACAAGUCCCGUUGUUUCAACUGGCACAAAUCUGAGUAUGAAUAUGCCCUGAGACAACUCUAUGCUUUAGUGAAUCUGUGUGAGAACAGAUACCCACAUGAAAGGUAACUUCUUUAUUUUCUAUUGCAUUAUGUAUUUAGUAUGGGGACCAGGAGCAUAUCCUAGGCAGGACAGAGCAGGCAGAUGUGCAUGUCCUAGGCGGGACAGAGCAGGCAGAUGUGCAUGUCCUAGGUGGGACAGAGCAGGCAGAUGUGCAUGUCCUAGGCGGGACAGAGCAGGCAGAUGUGCAUGUCCUAGGCGGCACGGAGCAGGCAGAUGUGCAUGUCCUAGGCGGCACGGAGCAGGCAGAUGUGCAUGUCCUAGGCGGCACGGAGCCGGAUGUGCAUAUGUCCU